UGUCUGUACGAGAUCCUCAGCUGAACGAUCAUCACAAACAGCGUAAUGUGUAAUGGAUCACUGUUCUCAAAACAUUACGGACAUAAAUCGAUUUCAUUUCCACGGAUAACCAGAAAAAUUCACAGGCUGCUAUUCAGACGCCAGAUCGCUUAACAAUAAUGUCUGCUGAGGACAAUUUUGUCUGUUAAUCAGGUUUUACGCCAACUGAUGCCAUGGCGUCAGCCGCUUCUAAUCGCGCAGAUGCAGCGGAGGCCGAAGCCGAUCCGAACAAUUGUUCUCUGCAGAAAUUCAAACUUUACGAGACACGCUCGAGGUUUUAUUUGAUAGGGAGCGAUAAGUACAAGAGGCAUUUCAGAGUGCUGAAGAUUCACCGGACUGAAGCGUCGGAGCUCCAUAUAAGCGAAGAUCCUGUGGUUUACACGGGGCAGGAGGUUAACAAUUUGCUGCAGAGGAUCAGCGAGGGCAAUCGUUCCACUGGCGGACUUACCCUCGUUACCAAGGCUUAUGGCAUUGCAGGAUGUAUCAAGUUUCUGGAGUCAUAUUAUCUCAUUCUUGUGACAAAACGUCGCCAGAUAGGCUGUAUCUGUGGACAUGCCAUUUAUGGCAUUGAAGACUCUCAACUAAUAACUAUCCCCCACAGUUCAGUACAGACUGAUUUGGCACAUUCUAAGACAGAACUAAGAUAUAAGAAGCUGCUUUCUAGUGUUGAUCUCACGAAAGAUUUCUUUUAUAGUUACACAUAUCCAAUUAUGCAAAGUUUACAAAAAAAUGUUCUUGCUAAUGAUAUGGCGGGAAUGCAAUAUGAGAAUUUAUUUGUUUGGAACGCUUUUCUGACUCGUACAAUUCGCCAAAAAUGCAAUAACACACGAUGGACUGUUGCUCUAGUUCAUGGAAAUUUCAGACAGGUUAAGUUAUCAAUUUUUGGUCGUGUAUUUGUUGUUACACUCAUUUCAAGACGUUCCCGGCACUUUGCAGGAACCAGGUACCUGAAAAGAGGAGUCAAUGAUUUGGGUAGGGUAGCAAAUGAUGUGGAGACGGAACAAAUUGUUCUUGAUGAGGAUGCAGGGACUGGGAAAGGGAAAAUGAGUUCUGUCGUCCAGAUGAGGGGAUCAAUACCACUUUUCUGGUCUCAAGAAGCUUCACGUCUGAGUCCAAAACCUGACAUUAUAUUACAGAGAUAUGAUCCAACUUAUCAGGCAACAAAGCUGCACUUUGAGGAUCUUGCUAGGCGAUAUGGCAAUCCGAUAAUUGUCCUGAACUUGAUCAAGACAGUUGAGAAGAGGCCUCGGGAAAUGAUGCUACGUAGGGAGUUUGCCAAUGCCGUUGGAUAUCUGAACCAAAUUCUUUUGGAAGAAAGUCGUCUCAAGUUUAUCCACUGGGAUUUCCAUAAAUUUGCUAAAAGUAAAUCUGCAAAUGUCCUUGCAGUUUUGGGCGGUGUGGCCAGUGAAGCACUUGAGUUGACAGGAUUCUAUUACAGUGGAAAGCCCUCUCGUGCCAAAAAGAGAGUCAGUGGGAAGCCUUCUGCAAUCAAGCAGAGAGUGAAUCAGCUGAAUCGAACUAAUACUGCAAGAGAUGGUUCUGUAGGCGAUUUCAGAUGCAAUUCCUCAAUCCUGGAUCCAGAGAACCCAGAUUCCAGAGAUGAAGAAAAUGCGAGAGAACCCAGAUUCCAGAGUGGUGUACUUCGUACAAACUGCAUUGAUUGUUUGGAUCGCACAAAUGUUGCCCAAUUUGCAUAUGGUCUAGCAGCUUUAGGCCAUCAGUUGCAUGCUAUGGGUUUGUCAAAUUUACCCAAAGUGGAUACAGAUAGCAGCAUUGCUGCUGCUCUUAUGGAUAUGUACCAGAGUAUGGGAGAUGCUCUUGCAAUUCAGUAUGGUGGUUCUGCAGCUCAUAAUACUGUUUUCACAGAGAGGCAAGGAAAAUGGAAAGCUACUACACAAUCUCGUGAGUUUUUGAAAUCGAUCAAACGUUAUUACAGCAAUGCUUACACUGAUGGUGAAAAGCAAGAUGCCAUAAAUUUAUUCCUAGGUUACUUUCAGCCACAAGAGGGAAAACCAGCAUUAUGGGAGCUAGAUUCUGAUUACUAUCUUCAUGUUGGAGGAAAUGGGGAUGAGGCAUUCACUGAUAGUCCAUUGUUACAGACCCAAAGCUCAGGAGUGUUGCAACGAUCAAAUACAUUUGCUCCUAUUCCAGCUUGCAAAGAAGAUUCUUCACGGAUAAAGUUGACUUCAUUUGAUAAACUAAUGCAAGCUACUUGCAGUUCAAUAAAGAAUGUCCGCAUUUUUAGUGAGCCUGACUCCAAGCUGGGCCUUCCAGCAGGAAACACUGGUACAGCACCAGAUGCAGCUGAAAUACAGUUGAAAAGUCCGAACUGGCUCUUUGGUCAGAGAAAAGUUGAAGGGACGGGGCAAAUGCGAAGAAAUGUUGCAUGCUGUAGCUUACAAGACAAGACAAGACAAGAGGGGGCAGUUGAUGAUUCCUACAAGUACAAAUGGUUAUCAUCCUCCGGAGACUCAUGUGAGCGGGAGAUAUUUGAAAGGUACCUUACCAUUGCGUCAACAACUGAGGUUGAUAGCUGGUAUGGCAGUGGGCUUCUAUUUGAUACAGUUGAAGAUAGUGAAGCUUACAAACACUAUGCUGAGUGUUGUCAGGGCCCAGCAUUGGAUCCAUUUGGGCAGGAUGCUGAAAAAGAACUAUACUAUUCAGAGGCGUUACAUCAGGUGAUUAAAGAUGUAAAUGAUACAUCUGUAGUUUCAGAGAUGGAAGCUGCACUUAAUGAGUAUAAUGAAAUUGGCCGAGAUCUUGGAACCAUCAUUCCAUCUAAACUGGUUUUGGAAGACCCGACCAGUGUAACGCGAUGGAUUCUUGGGGAAGAGAAGAUGUGUAAAGUCGAAGCUUAACAUAAAUGCAACAAGUUAUGUUUCUAGCCUCAUUUGAAAUACAACAAAAUUUCCGAAAAACACUCCCAAUGGCAAUUAGCCUUAAAAUUUCCCAACAUUUUAGAAGUAAAUAUGGAAGUCUAGGCCAUAGGGAAAUAGAGAAAAAGGGAUCUGUUUGGGAUCAAAAGUCAAGGCCAACGUUUGAUGAAAGGAUGAUCAUCUCUUUGUGGAUUGUGUCUAGUUUUUAAAACUAAAGUCUGUAGUUAUGUCACAAACUUAUGGUCGAAGUCUUGUGUAAUCUACUGAUCAUCUCUUAUGUAUUGUGUCUAGUUUUUAAAAGUGAAGUCUGUAGUUAUCUGACAAAGUUAUGGUCGAAGUCUUUUGUAAUCUACACUGUGUUCUCAUCUUUUGUAUUUUUUGAAUGUUGCAAAAUAAUGGAAAAAGAAAGGCUCUUGAAGA